UCCUGCUGCCCGUUCCUCUCGGGAAGUCUGUAAACAUGAAGCUGUUUCUGGUUCUUGUUGUUCUGCUGUUUGAGGUGCCCACAGAUGCCGCACGACCCAAGAAAUGCUUUAGUAACAUAGCAGGCUACUGCAGGAAGAAAUGUGCAAUUGGAGAAAUAUAUGAAAUAUCAUGUCUAAAUGGGAAAUUAUGUUGUGUUAAUGAAGGUGAAAACAAAAAGUACCAGAAAGUUGAAGAGCCACACAAGCCAUUUCCGGUGCAGUCCGAUGAGAAGCUGGACUACAUGAUUUUACCCACCGUCACGCUCGUCACCAUCCAGUUCUAA